UUCAUCGGCGCCUAGAGGAGCUGCUGGGAUCUUUGAUUAGUUUACAUUCAUGACCACAUGUACACAGGGCCACCAAGAAGAGCCAAAAUGGCUUCUAUUUCAUAACACCCGUGACGACAGGAGGAGGUGCGAGAGGUUUACUGAGGAGUUCUUGUGUCGGGAUGAAUCGACAGACUUGUCCUGAUUGAAGUUAUUCUGAAAGAUACUUGGCCUCUUGCAGCCGGUUAGGUUUUUGCGUCGUACACAGCAAAUCGACGCAGAUUAACAGCCAGAUCGUUCAGUGAAGUGCUUGCAAGCGCCGCCGCCAUAUUGAAGCGAAGUGACUGACUGGGACUGAACUGACAAGCGGUCGGACCAGAAAAAGAGGGGGGGCUGCCGCUGCUGGUGACGCAGGAAAAACACCCAAGAGCAGACAAAAAAAAAAACCAAGGAAGCAAGACCAUCAUCACAGGCAGAUUACAUGCAAGAAAAGCGCUCACAUAAGGCACGCUGAUGAGACUGGUCGCGACCCGAGUGAAUCCCAUAGGCUCCGGGGUGCCCGUCAGAGAGCCCAAGCGAAGGCUUUCCCAUUCCUGGUAAGCGGCUAGCCUGGCGGCGCGGCCGUAUCCCUUUGUUACAAUUGCAUCGUCUGGAUCCACUGGUCCUGGUUGUGCGAUGGUCUCUGCAGGUCGUCCUGAGCUUCACCUGCCGCUCUCCCCCUCGGACCUGCGCCCCUUCUCUGACCUUCUACAGGAGGCAGGAAUUUCUUCUCUCGCCGCCACGACAUAAGCAGACAAAAUUGCAAAGAUCUGCCCUGUGUCGAGUAUGACGGCCACGACCCGUGGCUCUCCUGUGGGGGGCAACGAUAACCAGGGCCAGGCUCCCGAUGGCCAAUCACAGGCCCCACUGCCCCAGCACCAGACGUCCUCUCCCACCUCCUCGAACGAGAACUCCCCGGUGAGCCCUCCGGACGAACCAGGUCAGGGAGAUGGUGCCCCGCAGCUGGAGGACGAGGAGCCUGCCUUCCCCCACACGGACCUCGCCAAGCUGGAUGACAUGAUCAACCGACCCCGCUGGGUGGUCCCGGUUCUGCCAAAGGGUGAAUUAGAAGUUCUUCUUGAAGCUGCUAUAGAUCUUUGUAAAAAAGGACUUGACGUCAAGUGUGAAGCAUGCCAGAGGUUUUUCCGAGAUGGAUUGACGAUUUCCUUUACAAAAAUCCUGACCGACGAGGCAGUCAGUGGCUGGAAGUUCGAGAUCCAUAGAUGUAUCAUCAACAACACUCACCGCUUGGUGGAGCUGUGUGUGGCCAAGCUCUCUCAGGACUGGUUCCCUCUGCUCGAGCUGUUGGCUAUGGCCGUCAACCCCCACUGCAAGUUCCACAUCUACAACGGCACACGGCCCUCCGAGACCGUGCCAGCGGGGGUCCAGCUGGCCGAGGACGAGCUCUUCGCCCGGCCGCCCGACCCGCGCUCUCCCAAGGGCUGGCUGGUGGAUUUAAUAAACAAGUUUGGCACGUUAAACGGGUUUCAGAUUUUGCACGAGCGAUUUCUGAGCGGCCAGGCGCUGAAUGUACAGAUCAUCGCUGCCCUCAUCAAGCCUUUCGGGCAGUGCUAUGAGUUUCUAACGUUGCACACAGUGAAGAAGUACUUCCUUCCGAUUAUAGAAAUGGUUCCCCAGUUUCUGGAGAACCUUACAGACGAGGAGCUGAAGAAGGAAGCCAAGAAUGAAGCCAAAAACGACGCUCUGUCAAUGAUAAUCAAGUCGCUGAAGAACCUCGCGUCACGGGUACCAGGGCAAGAAGAAACGGUGAAGAACUUAGAGAUUUUUAGGUUAAAAAUGAUCCUUAGGUUAUUGCAAAUUUCUUCUUUUAAUGGAAAGAUGAAUGCACUAAAUGAAGUUAACAAGGUGAUAUCGAGUGUCUCCUACUACACCCAUCGGCACGGUAACCCUGAAGAGGAGGAGUGGCUAACGGCAGAGCGGAUGGCCGAGUGGAUCCAGCAGAACAACAUCCUCUCCAUUGUGCUGAGAGACAGCCUCCACCAGCCACAGUAUGUGGAGAAGCUGGAGAAGAUUCUCCGCUUCGUCAUCAAGGAGAAGGCUUUGACGCUGCAGGACCUGGACAACAUCUGGGCAGCCCAGGCGGGCAAGCAUGAAGCCAUCGUCAAGAACGUGCACGACCUCCUUGCAAAGCUGGCUUGGGAUUUCUCCCCUGAGCAACUCGAUCACCUCUUUGAUUGUUUCAAGGCGAGCUGGACGAACGCGAGCAAGAAGCAGCGAGAGAAGCUUCUGGAGCUGAUCCGGCGUCUGGCCGAAGAUGACAAGGACGGUGUGAUGGCCCACAAAGUGCUGAAUCUGCUGUGGAACUUGGCCCACAGCGAUGAUGUCCCUGUGGACAUCAUGGACCAGGCCCUGAGUGCUCACAUCAAGAUCCUGGACUACAGCUGUUCCCAGGACCGAGACACACAGAAGAUCCAGUGGAUCGACCGCUUCAUCGGGGAGCUGAGAACCAACGACAAAUGGGUGAUCCCCGCUCUCAAGCAGAUCCGAGAGAUCUGCAGCCUGUUUGGCGAAGCCCCUCAGAAUUUAAGAAAGAAAAUUCCUAUUAACAUAGAAAAGAACUUAGUGGGUCAGACGCAGCGGAGUCCUCACGUCUUUUAUCGGCACGACCUGAUCAACCAGCUGCAGCACAACCACGCACUCGUCACCCUGGUAGCGGAAAACCUGUCGGCGUACAUGGAGAGCAUGCGGCAGUUCAUGAAAGCGGAGCACGUGGAGUUUGACCCACAGACGGUCCGGCCCGGUAGCCGCUACAGCCAUGUACAGGAGGUACAGGAAAGACUCAACUUCUUGAGAUUCCUGCUGAAGGAUGGGCAGCUGUGGCUGUGUGCCCCUCAGGCCAAGCAGAUCUGGAAAUGCCUGGCAGAGAACGCGGUGUUCCUGUGCGACCGCGAGGCCUGCUUCAAGUGGUACUCCAAGCUAAUGGGCGACGAGCCCGACCUGGAUCCAGACAUCAACAAGGACUUCUUCGAGAACAACGUGCUGCAGCUGGACCCGUCGCUGCUCACCGAAAACGGCAUGAAGUGCUUCGAGCGCUUCUUCAAGGCCGUGAACUGCAGGGAGGGCAAGCUGGUGGCCAAGCGAAGGGCCUACAUGAUGGACGACCUGGAGCUCAUAGGCCUGGAUUACCUCUGGAGGGUCGUUAUUCAAGGAAGUGAUGACAUCGCCACAAGAGCAAUCGACUUAUUGAAAGAGAUCUACACAAACCUUGGACCAAAACUACAAGUAAAUCAGGUGGAGAUCCAUGAAGACUUCAUCCAGUCCUGUUUUGACCGGUUGAAAGCCUCCUACGACACGCUGUGUGUACUGGAUGGAGACAAAGACAGCAUCAACUGUGCCAGGCAAGAAGCCAUCCGCAUGGGCAGGGUGCUCACCGUGCUGAGGGAGUACAUCACCGAGUGCGACAGCGACUACCACGAAGAGCGCACUAUCCUGCCGAUGUCGAGGGCCUUUCGUGGCAAGCACAUCAGUCUCGUCGUCCGCUUCCCAAACCAAGGCCGGCAGGUGGACGACCUGGACAUCUGGUCACACACCAACGACACGAUCGGCUCCGUGCGCCGCUGCAUCCUGAAUCGAAUAAAAGCCAACAGCGCGCAUACGAAAAUCGAGCUCUUCAUCGGGGGUGAAAUCGUGGACCCGGCUGACGACAGGAAGCUGAUCGGACAGCUCAACAUCAAAGACAAAACUCUCAUCACAGCCAAGCUGACCCAAGUUAGUUCCAACAUGCCUUCAAGCCCUGACAGCUCCUCCGAUUCCUCUACUGGGUCCCCUGGGACCCAUGGAAACCAUUACAGUGAUGGUCCCAAUCCUGAAGUGGAGAGCUGUCUCCCAGGCGUGAUCAUGUCGCUGCAUCUCCGCUACGUCUCUUUCUUGUGGCAAGUAGCAGACUUGGGGUGUAAUCUUAACAUGCCUCUCCUCCGGGACGGAGCCCGCGUCCUUAUGAAGCUCAUGCCCCCCGAUAACACUACCGUGGAGAACCUGCGUGCCAUCUGUCUGGAUCACGCCAAGCUGGGUGAGAACAGCCUAAGCCCCACACUGGACUCUCGCUUCUUCGGUCCCUCUCCGUCCCAAGUUCUCUACCUGACCGAGGUGGUGUACGCCUUGCUGAUGCCCGCCAGCGGUACCCUGGGGGAGGACGCCAGCGACUUCCAGUACAACUUCCUGAAAAGUGGCGGCCUGCCGCUGGUCUUGAGCAUGCUGACCAGGAACAACUUCCUGCCCAGCGCUGACAUGGAGACGAGACGAGGCGCCUGCCUUAAUGCCCUAAAAAUAGCCAAGCUGCUGUUAACGGCCGUGGGCUUCGGCCACGUGAAGGUCGUGGCGGAAGCCUGUCAGCCGGCUGCAGAGGGAACCAACCCCGUGUCACCUAUAAACCAGGCCACGCAUGACCAGGCUAUAGUUCUCCAGAACGCGCUGCAGAACAUUCCCAACCCGUCAUCCGAGUGCAUGUUGCGCAACGUGGCCAUCCGCCUGGCCCAGCAGAUCUCUGACGAGAACUUCUUCCAGGCUUCUAAAUACAUCCCAGAUAUCUGCGUGAUCAGGGCCGUGCAGAAGAUCAUCUGGGCGUCCGGCUGCGGCACCAUCCAGCUGGUCUUCAGCUCCAACGAGGAGAUCAGCAAGAUCUACGAGAAGAUGAACGCGGGCAGCGAGCCGGACGCGGAGGACGAGCAGGUGUGCUGCGAGGCCCUGGAGGUGAUGACUCUGUGUUUCGCUCUGCUCCCCACGGCGCUGGACACGCUCAGCAAGGAGAAGGCCUGGCAAGCCUUUAUCAUCGACCUGCUGCUGCACUGCCAGAGCCGGUCUGUUCGCCAGAUGGCUCAGGAGCAGUUCUUCGUCAUGGCCACCAGGUGCUGCAUGGGACACAGGCCGCUGCUGUUCUUCAUCACCCUCCUCUUCACUGUUCUGAGCAGCACUGCGAAGGAGAGGGCGAAGCACGCUGGAGACUACUUCAUCCUCUUAAGGCACUUACUGAACUACGCGUUCAACAGCAACAUCAGUCUCCCCAAUGCGGAGGUUCUCCUGAACAAUGAGAUCGACUGGUUAAAAAGGAUCAGGGAUGAGGUGAGAUGCACUGGGGAAACGGGAGUUGAGGACACCAUACUGGAGGGUCACCUCGGGGUCACGAAGGAGCUGCUGGCUUUCCAGACGCCUGAGAAGAAAUACCACAUUGGCUGUGAGAAGGGUGGGGCCAAUCUUAUCAAGGAGCUCAUUGAUGACUUCAUCUUCCCGGCCUCCAACGUCUAUCUGCAGUACAUGAAGAGCGGCGAGUUCCCGGCCGAGCAGGCCAUCCCCGUCUGCAGCACCCCCGCCAGCAUCAAUGCUGGCUUCGAGCUGCUGGUGGCACUCGCCGUUGGCUGCGUGCGCAACCUCAAGCAGAUCGUCGACACGCUGACGGACAUGUAUUACUUAAAUUGUGAAGCACUUACGGAGUGGGAGUACCUGCCCCCCGUGGGCCCCCGGCUCACUAAGGGCUUUGUGGGCCUCAAGAACGCGGGGGCCACCUGCUACAUGAACUCCGUGAUACAGCAGCUCUACAUGAUCCCGCCCAUCCGCAACGGCAUCCUGGCCAUCGAGGGCACGGGCACGGACGUGGACGACGACAUGUCCGGGGACGAGAAGCAGGAUAACGAGAGCAAUGUGGACCCUCGUGAUGAAGUAUUCAGCUAUCACCACCAGUUUGAAGAGAAGCCUUCAGUCAGCAAGUCUGAGGACAGGAAGGAAUACAAUAUUGGUGUACUGCGCCACCUGCAGGUCAUAUUUGGACACCUGGCUGCUUCCAGAUUGCAGUACUAUGUGCCUCGAGGCUUCUGGAAACAGUUCAGGUUAUGGGGAGAGCCAGUUAACCUUAGAGAACAGCAUGAUGCCCUUGAGUUCUUCAACUCCCUGGUGGAUAGUCUGGAUGAAGCCCUCAAAGCACUUGGUCACCCAGCCAUGCUCAGCAAAAUCCUGGGGGGCUCCUUCGCUGAUCAGAAAAUUUGCCAGGGGUGUCCUCAUAGGUACGAGUGUGAGGAAUCCUUCACCACGCUGAACGUAGAUAUCAGAAAUCACCAGAACCUCCUGGAUUCCAUGGAGCAGUAUGUCAAAGGAGACUUGCUAGAGGGUGCCAACGCCUACCACUGUGAGAAAUGCAAUAAGAAGGUUGACACGGUGAAGCGUUUGCUUAUCAAGACGUUGCCCCCAGUGCUGGCGAUCCAGCUGAAGCGCUUCGAUUAUGACUGGGAGAGGGAGUGCGCCAUCAAGUUCAACGACUACUUCGAGUUCCCGCGUGAGCUGGACAUGGAGCCGUACACGGUGGCGGGAGUGGCCAAGCUGGAGGGCGAUGACGUGCACCCGGAGAACCAGGUGAUCCAGAAUGAGCCUGGGGAGGGCGAAGCAAUGGGCAGCUCCAAGUACCGACUGGUUGGCGUGCUGGUGCACAGCGGCCAGGCCAGUGGGGGCCACUACUACUCUUACAUCAUCCAGCGGAACGGCGGCGACGGCGAGCGGAACCGUUGGUAUAAGUUCGACGAUGGAGACGUCACCGAGUGCAAGAUGGAUGACGACGAGGAGAUGAAGAACCAGUGCUUUGGCGGAGAGUACAUGGGCGAGGUCUUCGACCACAUGAUGAAGCGCAUGUCCUACCGCCGCCAGAAGAGGUGGUGGAACGCCUACAUCCUGUUCUAUGAGCGCAUGGACUCUCCAGAGCGGGAUGGAGAGCUGGUGAAGUACAUCACGGAGCUGACCAUCUCCGCCAGACCGCACCAGAUCAAGAUGCCAGCCGCCAUCGAGUGCAGCGUGCGCAAGCAGAACGUGCAGUUCAUGCACAACCGCAUGCAGUACAGCCUGGAAUAUUUCCAGUUUAUAAAGAAACUUCUGACCUGUAACAGUGUCUAUUUAAACCUGCCUCCAGGACAAGAUCAUCUUUUGCCUGAAGCAGAAGAAAUAGCUAUGAUUAGUAUUCAGCUUGCUGCUAGGUUCCUGUUUAGUACAGGAUUUCACACAAAGAAGAUCGUACGCGGCCCGGCCAGCGACUGGUACGACGCACUGUGCAUCCUCCUCCGUCAUAGCAAGAAUGUACGCUGCUGGUUUGCACACAACGCUCUGUUCGCCUUCCCCAACCGCUUCUCGGAGUACCUGCUGGAGUGCCCCAGUGCAGAAGUUAGGGGCGCCUUUGCCAAGCUCCUCGUCUUCAUCGCGCACUUCUCCCUGCAAGAUGGGCCGUGCCCUUCGCCGGUGGCCUCGCCUGGUCCUUCCAGUCAGGCCUGUGACAGCUUGAGCCUAAGUGACCACUUGCUAAGAGCAGUGCUUAACCUCCUCCGCCGGGAGGUGUCCGAACACGGCCGGCACCUGCAGCAGUACUUCAACCUCUUCGUCAUGUACGCCAACUUGGGAGUGGCUGAGAAGACACAGUUGCUUAAGCUCAGCGUACCUGCGACCUUCAUGCUGGUCGCCCUGGACGAGGGGCCUGGUCCUCCAAUCAAGUACCAGUAUGCUGAGCUGGGGAAGCUGUAUACUGUGGUCUCUCAGCUGGUGCGGUGUUGCGAUGUAUCAUCGCGCAUGCAGUCCUCCAUUAACGGUAACCCGGCUCUUCCGAAUCCCUACGGCGACCCUAGUCUGGCACAACCCCUCAUGCCCGUGCAGCAGCUGGUGACGGAGAUCCUGUUCGUUCGCACCAGCUACGUGAAGAAGAUCAUCGAGGACUGCAGCAACUCGGAGGAGACAGUCAAGCUGCUGCGCUUCGGCUGCUGGGAGAACCCCCAGUUCUCCUCCACGGUGCUCAGCGAGCUCCUCUGGCAGGUGGCUUACUCCUACACUUAUGAGCUGAGGCCUUACCUGGACCUCCUGCUGCAGAUCCUACUCGUUGAGGACUCGUGGCAGACUCAUAGGAUUCACAACGUGUUGAAGGGGAUCCCCGAUGAUAGGGACGGCCUCUUCGACACCAUCCAGCGCUCCAAAAACCACUACCAGAAGCGGGCUUACCAGUGCAUCAAGUGCAUGGUGGCUCUCUUCAGUAAUUGUUCUGUAGCGUAUCAGAUCCUCCAGAGCAAUGGGGAUCUGAAGAGGAAGUGGACGUGGGCAGUGGAGUGGCUGGGCGAUGAGCUGGAGCGCCGGCCGUACACGGGGAAUCCCCAGUACACAUACAACAACUGGUCGCCCCCGGUGCAGAGCAACGAGACUUCCAACGGCUACUUCCUGGAGCGCUCCCACAGCGCACGGAUGACCCUGGCCAAGGCCUGCGAGCUCUGCCCUGAGGAGUGUCACUUAACGAAGCACGAGGCGGCGUCUGAAGAAGACGCGGGGCGGACCUCGUCCUCGGCGCCGCAGCUCGUGCCAGGGGACGUGGCCGGACAGCAGCCGCCCACCGAACCCGAUGAUCAGGAGGCCCCUGCAGAGCACGAGGUCUCUCCUCCUGAGGACACCACCCUCUGCCCCCACCCUCCUGGGACGACCUAUCAGCAGCAGAAUCCCCACCCCCAGGGGCAGCCCUACACGGGCCCCGCAGCACAGCACAUGAACAACCCACCACGCCCGGGUCCGGCCCCCGCCCCCGUGCCGGCCGUGGCCCCGGCCCAACGAGCACAAGAGACCUGGGAGGGAGGCGAGGAGCCAGCGCCAGCCCAGACGAAGGAGUAGCCCCCGGCGGCCACCCUGCCCCUCACCUGGCCGACUGCUCCAUCAAGACACUUGAUCCAAGUGCGAAACCAGGCCUUAGGAGCGAAUGGCGCCUCCAGGGCCCCUCCCCCGUCCCAAAUUCAGCUGUUUUGUAUCUAACCUGGAGUGGAGUGUGUGUUCACUGUCAGAAACAUAGCACCCUGCAGUGCACAGCGUCUCGUGUCGUAACACAAGUGGGGGGGGGGGGGGGGGGGCUGGGGAAUGCAGAGGUGUACAUAGUUAAUGUUUGACUUCACUUCCAACAGUGAGACUGUUUGCUGGUGGAGACUUCCCAGUCUUGGGGGGGGGGGGGGAAACUAAAAAGGAAAAAAAAAAAACUUGCAACUUGCUUCAAGUCCUGUGCGCGGCACUGAGGUUCGGUCGGCCUUCCGGCAGAUUGGGCACGUUGGGUUUCCAGAGGACACCACGCUGGUGGCGACCACCUUAAACGCACUGCGGCAUCUCCUCUGAGGGGCUGACAUUAUUAUGGGCUGUUGGAACACCUGGGUUUACUCUGAUAUGUGGUUGGUGUAGAAAGUGAUGUAAACAUUGUUCUAGAUCCUCCAUCGCCUUUCUGUAAUUCUGGUAUUAAUUCAGUCACUUCCAAGCUCUAGUUAAUAAGCUGUAAUAUUUAGCAUGGCGCCGCCCAGGGUGGCCGCUGAAGGGAGAACGCCACGUUAACGAUGCCAGGCCCUGACCCACAGCUACUCUGAAGAGCCUUUUUUUAAUUUAUGAUUUUUUAAACAAUCGUCCUCUCACACCUCGGCAGUGGUUAUCCGGAACCAAUAGCAGCAGCGAGCGAAUUUUCAAACGCACGUGUAUUCCUCAGAUGUAACGUUUUGGAAUCGAUGCGUCGACGGGACUAUAAACAUGUAGGUUUCAAUAAAUAGGAAUUUUAAGAAGACAAAUAUAUAUGCAACAGUGUGCUACGCCAGGUCGCCUGGAGCACAGUAGACCAUACUUGGUGUGCUUGUCGUCGUCUCCCUGGUAGAGGCUUAUUCUAGGCUAACUCCCAGUGGCUUCCCAGUCUGCAGCCCAUGUGCUGGAAUGGGGCCGUGAGCCGGGCCACAGGCUUCUGUUCGACACCCUAAUUCUCCCCUUCCUCAUUUCACACAGUCCUACUUGAAUGCAGGCAUUGUUUUAGAAAUCUAUCAAUUUGGGGGGGGGCAGAACCAAACCUUAAGCAGGGUUGUAUUAUAAAAAUAACUGCUGGUUAGUCACAUUACAACUGUUAGCGGUCAUGCUAAGCGAAGCGUUACUCUUUAGGAUAUAAAGGAAAGCCUUGGUGAAUACUGUAUUUAAUUGGUAACUUGAAUGUGUAUUUUUUUUUUUUUUUUUUUGCUUUUUUGUCUAAAAUACCAAAUACCCCCCCUGCAAAAUAGAAGCCCACCAUUUAUUUAAAUAUUUUGCUGUUUUGUUUUAUAGAAAUUUAUUUUGCUGAACUUCACAAAACAAUAGUUUAAGAGGAACAUUUUCAUCCUUGUGUUAUUUUUAAGGAAGACGCUGACUGUACAGAGUUCUGCGACCCGUUUUGCCGACUUUUGUUUUGGCCAAUGGUGUGACAGUCGCCAUGUGAACUUUCACUUUAUGAGGUUUUUUUUUUUUGUGCACAGAGAUAACAGCAUUUCGCCCCUUAGCAAGAAUAAAGAAAAUGGAAUCUUGACACUGUAACUGUCUCAUAUUUUAUUUAUGGCACAUUGUAAAUACACCAUGCACGUUAAUAUGAUGGAGAAGGUAAACCUCUGGUGGAUCAUCAAAGGGGAAGUCUGUGAAUCGGCAUGAGGAGGGAAGGGCUCCCAUUCCGGAGUCUGGCCAAACCAAGCAUAUGGCCUGAAUCGACGUCGCUGUCUGCCAGGCUGCGGAUACGGGAUCCUGCAGGCUGGAGUGACGUGUCCUCGGAGAAGACGGUGAGCCGGAGACCCAGGUGGAGGGUGCUGAGAACCCUGCCCCCCCCCCCCAGCGAGGGGUGAGCACAGGCAGAGGGGGGGCUGCAUUGUAUAGACUGAUCCCCCAACUCUCACGGCGCUUCAGGCCACUUGACCCUCCUCCUCCCUUCAAGGGACGAAACGGCUUCAUUAGUUUUAGCCUGUAAGGUUUUAUUUAAUUUUUUGGUUUUGGUUGUUUUGUAAGUAUUAAUUGGAUCAGAUGAUUGCCUUUUGACUUGUUUGAAUAAUUAAGAAUCUUUUUGUGAAUCAUGCAUGGACGAUAAAAUCCCUUGACCUGCCUUAGAGCACUGUACAAACCCAGCACACUGUAAAGCUAUACUUUAAAAAUAAAUAGUAUUUGAAUUA